AUGGUGGUCAGUACUGUUGUUGUUUUAGCUGCCGUGACGGUGAUUGUUGGGGCGGGGCCAAGUAGCCGAAUAGUAGGCGGGGCCCAGGCCGAUCCUAACGAGUGGCCGUGGCAAGUGUCACUACAAGCCGUUCCGUCUUCUUCCUUCCCUCCCUCUCACUUCUGUGGCGGGUCUCUCAUAGCCCCGGAUAUAGUGUUGACGGCUGCGCAUUGCGUUGAUGGAACCAGCCCUUCUUCAGUGAUUGUCGUGGCGGGCCUUCAUCGUCAGGGAUCUACAUCAGGUUCACAGUCAGUAACAACGUCUCGUAUCAUAAUGCACCCGGAGUAUGACAAUUCUGGAGCUGGUUUUCCUAACGACAUCGCCAUAUUGAAAUUGUCACAGUCAUUUAGUUUAGCCGACAAGACUGUUGACCUUGUCGAACUGCCGGGGGAGACUAUGGGUUUCCUGGAUAACCCUGACUGUUGGAUCACAGGAUGGGGCAAAACUGAUGCCAACAGUGGCACGGCUGAGGUUCUGAUGGAGGCCCGGAUGGACGUGAUCAGUAACGGGGAGUGUGAACAGCGUUGGUCUCCAGUAACAGGAGCCAGUAUCUACGACACACAUAUCUGUAUAGAGGCCGACGGCAAGUCCGCAUGUAAUGGAGAUUCUGGGGGCCCACUUGUAUGCCGGGUUAAUGGCCAGUACGUCCUAGCCGGAGCCACGUCCUGGGGUAUCACCACAUGUGAAGGAUUCCCUAGUGUGUAUGUCCGCGUCAACAAAUUUCUUUCCUGGAUCAACAGCAACAUGUGACUGGACAAUGGAAAGCUUAUACAGUUUGGAAAAUAAAUGUAAUUAUCCACUAAG